UUUCCAUACCUGAAUCGAUAUCAGAAUGCAGAGAUAAGAAUUUAUCAGUCAUCUCAAAUUACCUUACUCGUAUUUGCAAGUCUCAAAGGUGUUAAACUAUUUUACAGCAUUAACUUCGGAUAAACAUUCACUCACCUGUUUUAAGAUAUAUAUUUAACAAGAAGAAAAUACUAGAUUUUAAAAUUAGAGUCAAAAUUUAAAGUCUUAGAUGCAUAAAUUUGAUAAAUUCUGUAACAUUUUAUGAAUUUCAUUAUCUGAACCGAGAUAAGAUACGUAGUGUUUCUUUUUAUUUUAAAUAAUCUCUGUCCUCUUUUAUAAUGUAAAAUUGAAACUCUUAUCAUUUGUAUUUGCCACUUCGAACAGUACUUAGACUCAUUUGACAUGGUUUGUUUUUAACUACUACUAUGUAAGAUUGCUUCGAUUUAUGAUGGGUAAAAAAGAUCUGAAGAUCGAUUUUGAAGUGCAAAAGCUAUUAAUGUUGCUGAUGAAAUCAGAAAAUGCAUCAAUCGACCAAUUUUUGCAGUAUGAUGGAAUAAAUCAAAGACGUAUUUACAGAAAUAUUUUGAUAGCAAUAGAAAUUUCGAUUGAAAUCAAUGAUGAAGUUAGUUUUAAAGCAUUAUCCAGUAUUUUGGCAUUACUAAGUAAUGUAAACAUUUUCCCCAAUUUAAUUUCUUGCUUUCAUUUUGAUGAUAAUCCCUUUAAAUUGACUAAUGUUGUUAUAGUGACUUGUAAACACAAUCGAUUAGAAAUCUUGAACCAAAUACUCAGUGAUGAUUCUUCGAUUAUCAGUGAUCUCUCCACUAAAGUUGAUGGAGCAUUUCCUUUGCCUGACGAUAAUGAUGAAGAAAGUCACAAUGCCUUUUAUUAUGCUGUGCGCUCAGGAAAUACGAAACUUCUUGAAGUUUUAAUGAAGAAGUGGCCAUUGGAUUAUUUUUCAUCACAUGCUGAAGAACUGUGUUUUCUUCUGUCAAAAAGCUUGAAUGAGUUAUUGUUAAAAAAUGUUGAUGUUUCAACCGAAAUGAAGAUAUAUAUACAUAGUUUUUUGCUUGAUAACUAUUUUCAGCAAGUCAUUCCAUCAGAUUCAACUGAUUAUUCUCAUGACGAUAUCCAAGAAAGUUUGUCAGUUAUUUUGGAGUAUAGUGAUUUAUAUCAAACAAUGAACAAAACGAGCGAAUCUAAGAUCAUGCAGGUGUUCUUAGCAAAACAGAUUGCACUAAAAAUAAUGACUUUAAAAAAAUUGCUAAAAUCUACAUAUGACAGAAUUCCUUGGGAAGAAAUGGAAUUUCACUUAAUUUCCUUUAUCCGGUAUCUGAACAAUCAAGGAAGUUACAUCAAUUGCUUUGUAACAGAGAAUGACUUUGUGAAAUAUCUUAAUAAUUUUUGUGAGUGUCUGGUCUAUGAAACCAAGGAAAUUAAUAAAAUUGACAAGGAAGUGUUAAGUAAGCUUCCUGAAAAAUUAAAACGUUAUGAUGUUGUAACAAGCAUCAUUUCUAAAUAUCCGCAUUUUGAAGAAUUUUACCAAAAUUAUGAGGUAAUUCGUGAUUAUGAAUCUCUCAAUAUUAUUAAAAAAUAUGUGGACGUAGUGACUGAAGUGAACAGUCUUGAAAAUAGUGGAAAAACUGUCAUCAUUAGAGCCUUACAAGUUUUGGGAGAGAAUUUUAAAAAUACUCUUGAAUCGCCAAAACUCUCUCCCGCCACUAACGAUUUUUUGAUGGUGUUCAUACCAAACAAAACAAAUACUAUUCUAAAAUUUUUAAGAGAUUCUUUUUCCCAUGGUUUUCCUUUAUCAACAUGUAAAGAUAUUGAGGAACUUUACGGUACUAAGUUUUACACAUUUGUUCAGAAUGAUGUGAAAAGUUUAAGUUAUGCUGUAACUUCAGUUCUUCAGAAAAUAAAGUUUCGAACUGUCAGAACUUUAUUGGAGAGAAUUUGCAACUGCAAAGACAUUGGUGAAUAUAAAGACAUUUCUCGCAUGAUUCGACUUGUAUAUUUUGAGAAUGAUAUAACAGAUAUUUUACCAAGUAACGACAAUACAGUAAUUACUGUAUUAGAAAAAUUGAUUUCUGACUUAAGUAAAAUUAUAAAAGUGAAAACACAUUUUGAAGAGAGCAUAUUUUCAGAAAUAGCAGACAUAAUUGGUUUUGAAAAGAGUUUUCUAAAUAGGUCCAAACUUGAGUUGGAGUUCUAUCUCAACACGCUAUACGGUGCAUCGAUCCCUAGCNUUGGGAAGAAAUGGAAUUUCACUUAA